AUGAGAACUCUAAGAACCUUAGACACUAAUACCUCCUCCAAAUUCACAACACCUUCAACAACAACCACAAAGCCAACUUUUUCAACUCCUGCAAUAGUACAGAAGUCCCUAUGGCACUCUCCACUGCCAUAUUUGUUCGGCGGCCUCGCAGCGAUGUUAGGACUAAUUGCUUUUGCCCUUCUGCUCUUGGCAUGUUCUUACUGGAGACUGUCAAGCAGCAUAAACAAUCAAGAAAACAGUGGUGAAAGGGAUUCAGAAGAAGGUGGUGAUGAUGGGAAAGCUGAAAAUGCUGCAGCAGGAAAAGCUAUGCCUGAUUUUGAAGAGAAAAUUGUAGUGAUUAUGGCUGGUGAUGUCAAGCCAACUUUUCUUGCAACUCCCAUGUCCAGCAAAGCUUCUUGCUUUGGAGAUGGAUUCAAGAAGAAUGAGAAUUUUGGCAAAGAAACGGAAGAGAUUGUUGAGAGACCAAAACAUGAGGUAUCAGAUCAUGCUCAGGUAUCAGAUCAUGAUGAGCAAACAGUAAGAUCAGCUGAGGAUGGAAAUCAAAGUCGAGAAUCAACCGCUGCCCAAGAAAGCCCAGAAGAAAACCAGCCAUGA